CCCACUUCCAUGGCUUCUUCAACUCCAUUGCUUCAUAGCUACUUACCCUUUUGGAUCUAACCCCAAUUUUCAUUUCUGCUCUUCAACAUCCACUGGCAUAGUUGGCGCCAUAGUUGGAACGAGUUCUUCGAUCCUGUUGUCGGCUUUCUUUCUUCACGCCUUCAAUGGAACCCGACGGCAAAUUUCCAGAAUUCCGGAGCAACCCAUUGGAGCUGAACCUAAUCUUCAUUGUGGGCUCCUACCAGUUCUUUUUUUAGGCAUUUAUCUUCCUCAGGAUUUGAUUAGAAAAGGGAGGGAGAGAAACCUUUUUUCCCGCCUCUUCCAUGUUUAUUAUGGUUUGGGAAUGGAUUACAGUAGGAGGGAUGGAAAUGUUGUCCAUGUAAUUCAAACCGUCCCGGAGUAUUGGAUUCCGAAACCUUCCGAUUCCAAUCCCGUCCCGGUCUGGGCAACUGAGGACGAAUACCGCGCCUGGGAUCAUCUGUCCGCCGACGGCGGCGAGCCUCCGAGCAAGAAGACGAAAGGAACUUCGUCAAAUUCAUCGAGUUCCUAGGUGCCGGAGCAGGCUUCGAAGAAGACGAUUGGGAAGAUGUUCUUCAAGACGAAGCUGUGCUGUAAGUUUCGGGCGGGGACUUGUCCUUACAUAACCAACUGUAACUUUGCUCACAACAUGGAGGAGCUUCGUCGCCCCCCGCCAAAUUGGCAGGAGAUAGUGGCGGCGCAGGGGGAGGAGAAAGGAGGGAAUAAUAUGGCAGCUGAGAUUAUUAGGGAGGAGUUUCAGAUUCCUUCCGUUGGUGGUGGAUUUGGAGCUGAGACGCAGAGGUCUUAUAAAGGUAGGCAUUGCAAGAAGUUCUAUACUGAGGAAGGAUGCCCUUAUGGAGAGAGUUGUACGUUUUUGCACGAUGAGCAUUCUAAGUAUAGGGAGAGUGUGGCGAUAAGCUUGGGGCCUGGAGGGUAUGGUGGAGGAGGAGGUGGCGGCGGCGGUGGUGGUAGUAGCAGCAUAGUUGUAGGAGGAGGUGGAGGAGGCGGAGGAGGGAGUGGAGAUAGCGGAGUUAUUGUGGUUGGAGGUAAUGGAAGUGGUGCUGCUGCGAACUUGAAGCCAUCAAAUUGGAAGACGAGGAUAUGUAACAAGUGGGAACUCACCGGGUAUUGCCCGUUUGGGAUCAAAUGCCAUUUUGCUCAUGGAUCUGCAGAGUUACAUCGGUAUGGAGGCGGGCUUGUGGAUUCAGAUGCCAAAGAUUCUCCUCCUUCCGCCGCUAGUGACUCGAAGACAGGAGUUGUGCCUCCCAAACCACCCCUCGACUCAGUGGUUGCUUUGAUGACUUCAGUCCCUCAUUCUGAUACAUAUCAUCACCUCGGAGUUCCAUCUCAAAGAUCAUCAUCUAUCCUUAUCCAGAGAUCCGGCCACAGAGCUCAUCAGAAAUGGAAGGGCCCAGAUAAAAUCAGCAGGAUAUACGGUGACUGGAUCGAUGAUAACGAAUGAAAGCACCCAACUUAUUAAUGUUAAUCUUGUAAGAAGUGUAGAUGGGUUAGCACAGAACACUGAAUCGGAAACUGGAAGCGCUGUUCGCUUGUCGUUGUAGAAGUGACCCUAUUGUGAUUGUGUUGUUGUACUUUGUAAUCUUGUAAGAAGUGUAGAUGGGUUAGCACAACUCCUGUAAGAAGUGUAUCUUAAUGCAAUUUUUAAGCGUUCUUGUUAUCCAAAAGCUCCAUAAUUUUCAAUGUCAUUUUUAUCAUUUAACAUUUUAAGUUAUUAAUUACAUUAAAAUAAAACUAAAUAAACAUGUAAAUGAAUC